CGUGCCGAUCGUUCGUCAGUGAGUGCUCAUCUUUCUUCCAGAGGGUCUCCAUGAUAGGGUUAAUCUACAGAGAAGCCGUUUUUUCAGAACCAGCCAGUAGGGUUUCCGCGAUUUCCUUUAUCCGUGGAAUCACGGUUUACAGAAAGAGGUCUUUCAAUUAUUUCACUGAAUCAGAACCCGUGGGCAAUCUACCUCGGCAUCCCCCGUACGAAAAUUGAAUUGAAUUAGUCAAUCGCUGGAUGCAUUUAUUUUAAGGAUAGAUGGAGCUUUCUCUUUACACGAGCUGAUUCCAAACACGCGCUGGGUUGUCCUUUAAAUCUAUCUUUUGAGAUGAUGCGAUAGUGAUUGUCCUCAAUUGCGCUUAGUUUCUGGCUAAUCGAAGAGGCUGUAGUUUGAAACCAUGGAUGAAAACGCGUGGGCUUCCUUCCGUAUGUAGCAGUGAAAACAGACAACUUAAACAAACUGAAAAAUUAAAGGGACAACUUUUACUCACAGAAAAACAAAAGAUAAAAUAUUUGUUUCGUGGGAUGCUCGUGACUGAAGUAGCGGAAGAUUCCCAGUGGGCUGUGGAAAAAGCUCCAGAAUAUGGGCGCAAAUCACUCCCACAAAACUCCUGUGUUUGAUGAGAAUGAAGACGUUAACUUUGACCACUUUCAGAUCCUCAGAGCCAUUGGGAAGGGAAGUUUUGGGAAGGUCUGCAUCGUGCAGAAGAGAGACACCAAGAAGAUGUACGCCAUGAAGUACAUGAACAAGCAGAAGUGCAUCGAGAGGGACGAGGUCCGGAACGUCUUCAGGGAGCUGCAGGUCAUGCAGGGCCUCGAGCACCCCUUCCUGGUCAACCUCUGGUACUCUUUCCAAGACGAGGAGGACAUGUUCAUGGUGGUGGACCUUCUUCUUGGGGGGGACCUGCGAUACCACCUACAACAGAAUGUACAUUUUAAGGAGGAGACUGUGAAACUCUACAUCUGUGAAUUAGCUCUGGCCUUGUACUACCUGCAGUGUUGUCAUAUCAUCCACAGAGACAUAAAACCUGACAACAUUCUCCUAGAUGAACACGGCCACGUGCACAUCACAGAUUUCAACAUUGCCACUGUGCUGGGGGACUCAGAGAAAGCCACAUCCAUGGCUGGGACCAAGCCCUACAUGGCUCCAGAAGUGUUCCAGUCCUUUAUAGAUGGAGGUCCUGGUUACUCCUAUCCUGUGGACUGGUGGUCUCUAGGGGUGACGGCAUACGAGCUGCUACGUGGAUGGCGGCCGUAUGACAUCCACUCCAGUACUGCGGUAGAUGACAUCAUCAACAUGUUCCGUGGUGAGCGUGUGCACUACUCCUCCACAUGGUCCAAGGGCAUGGUAUCUCUGCUCAGGAGGCUCCUCGCCAAAGACCCCGAGUGCCGCCUCUCCAGCAUGGCCGACAUCCAGAACUUGCCCUACCUGGCCGACGUCAACUGGGACGCCGUCCUGGAGAAGGGCACGCCUCCUGGCUUCGUCCCAAACAAAGGGAGGCUGAACUGCGAUCCUACCUUUGAGCUGGAGGAGAUGAUUUUGGAGUCCAAACCGCUACAUAAGAAGAAGAAGAGGCUGGCAAAGAGCAAGUCACGUGACGGAAACAAAGAGGCCUGCCCACUGCCCGCCCACUUGCAGCAGUGCCUGGAAACAGUGCGUGAGGAGUUCAUCAUCUUCAACAGAGAGAAACUGAGAAAACAGGCCCCCGGUGUCCAAGAGGCCAGCACGGAGAGCCGGCCGGCCUCACCCGCCCCCACGAAAAUGGAGGAGGGGCACAACAAUAACACAGUCCAGCCUUCAGAAGAGACUGCUGUCGACAACAGCUAGGCUGACAAGGCCGCACGAGGGGUGACGAACCUUUUGAAAAAAAGAAACAACGGCAACUGAAAAAUGGGCCCCUCCAGCCGUUCCUGUGCAUGUGAUCCCUUUUGCUACAACGAAGAAAAAAAUCCAGCGAUACUCAAACUGAUUACAGUGUGAAGGCGAAUGAUGUCACCCAACCUGACCGGGACAUCAUAUACUUUGACUAUGACAUCACCCAGCAGGCCAUUGCUUAAUUCCAAGCUGCGUGGAGAGAGAUAAAAAAAAGAAGUAAAAUUCAUUAGUUACAAAGUUUUAUUUGGCACCUGAAGCCGAAGCCACCAUUUUCUAUUGACCAAAUACUGCUUUUCGCGUAUGACUGUGUUUCUGUGAAAAAAGACUGUGUGUGUGAACUUCAUGUUUUUGGUAAAACACACAUUCUCUGUCAUCACACUAUGACUACCACAGCAAGUUCCCCUUCUAAAGAAAUCGCUUUCACUGUUAGAAAAUGGCCUUUUUAAAUCGACCAAGAUGGGGGGGUAAGUUGUGCAGAAAUUAAAACUACUUCCAAUUGCCUUAAUGCACAUUUUGACUUGUUUUGCAUUUUUCCAAAUUGCCGCCAAGUUAUACUUUUUUUAUAAGGUAGACUAUUUCCAUGUGCAUAUGCUAAUGUUCAUAAGGCACUAAGAACAAAAUUGCGACUCACGCAAAUGGAAACAUACCUACUAUGUGGCAUACACCCACACUGUUUACUGAGUGAAAAAAAUAUCGAUGCCAAAGCCUUUUUGUCCAGCACCAUAAAUUACAAUAAGAGUGAAUCUAUGAGUCUAUCUAUAAUCUAAUGCAGAGGACAUGACAAUAUGAUUAUUUAUACUGGAUAGAUAACACAGUAUACACAUUCAUUGGCUUAUAAUACAAGCAAUAUAUCUGUCAAUUAAUUGACAGCUCAGUAGCAUUACCUUAGUGAAUGUAAAUAUUUACAUUUGGUUGCAAGUCUGGAUUUAUAUUUCUAACAUUUCGGUAUAUAACAAGAGUUAUUCCAUGCUGAAAACUUGAUUUAAAAUGAAGGACUGAUCUCUAGCUUUGGAGGAAACCAAUAUGUUCCCCAUACUGUGUCUGUGUUUGUAUGGCCAAUUGUCUUCUAUUGGUUUCAAUAGCAUGAAGUAGCUUGACAAAAAAGUAUAUAUCUCCUUCCCAGCAUCCUCAGCCUUGUUGAGGUGGUAGUAGCUCUGAAUUGCCAGAAUAAAGUAAGUCUUACUACUGUACAUCUUUCCCCCACACUCUGUGUACAUGUUAAUAUAACAUUUCUAAAAAUGAUUUUGUAUGUCCCUUUUUAGGAAAAAGUUUUUGAGAUACUCUUCUUCAUUUCCCCCUGUUCGGAAGGCCUUGAUGCACAAUUUGACCUGUUAUUACUGCCUCUCAGUAAUGUGCAUAAAAUAAGACACAGCACAAAGUAAAUCUAACAGCGUAUGCAAUUUAUAUUUCUCGUUCUGUUUUUUUUAUUUUUUUUUAUUACCAACUGUGUAGAAUGAAUCAUAUGGUCUUAUUUUCUCACCAAUCAGUAUCCUCAGAAGCAUGCUGCAUUCAUUCCAUUUAUGGUAAAAACUGAUGACCUCAGCACUGCUCCGAUUAUGUACGCGAGACAUUCAUUCGCGUCUCACGGGCCACUAAAUACUGUUGUCCUAUGUCCCCCUAAUUGGGGCUAUUUCUGCUAAAUGAGUUGACAUUUUCCAGUCAAUUUGAUGCAGAGCGCUUCGAAAGGCUGUAUGGUCCAAGGCACUGUACGGGGAAAUUGGAAAAACACUUUUCUUUUUUCCCUCCUUUCCACCAAACUUUGAGGCGGGAGAGCAUAGCUCUUUUUAUAGAACGGGCUGAGAACUGCAGGACCACCAAAACAGGUGGAGUUUCAGACCCCAGUGCCCCGUGCCCGUAUAAGGGUGAGGCGGAGCAGAACAAGGGGAACUGAGACUCAGAUCAGUUCUCCUGAACAGCUACAGAUCUGCUCCAGUCGCUGAUUAGUCCACUCUCGGCUGAACAAGAUGUCCGCAGACCCAGAGAUGGUCUCUCAAUCAUUAUCUACUGAUGAGGGGCACGGUGACUCGCAGUAUAUGGGGAGGUCAGCACACACCCACCUUACCGUCUGUGAAGAUGGAAUUUGAGAUGUCUCCGUGACCAUGCCUCUACUUUUUUUUCUUUGCAGUUUUUUUCGUGAUCUGCCUCACAAAUCGGUACUUCGGUAAUUUAUGUACAGUACAUCUCUCCCCUGAUACGCAGGCUUUAAUUGAGCAUAUAUAGCCAUGUUGCAGCCAGUUUUUCCCCCUCAGUAAACAGACUGCCAUUGUUUUUGUUCGGUCCCGGGGUUUGGAAUAUGUGUGUUUGUGCACUGGUGAGCGUAUUCAAAUUGUGCUCUUUAAACUUCCCAGCAGUGAUGUAGCAUAGCGAGAGCAAAGGUGGAAGCCAAUGGAGGUGCUGAACACAUGGCAUUGUGAAAUCAUGGCCUGUUAAUUUCCACACACAGAACAACGAGGUGAUCGAUUAGCACCGGCUCAUUAACACCAACACUACAAGCUGUGAUUCAACCCAAUUAUCCGAGCCUCUGCACUUCAUCAAGUCUCUCCGUCUUUCCUUUCUGCGGUGUUCUCUGCAAUCAUUCAAACCGUACGGCUCGUGGAGCAUUCCACAUCCCAGUGUGAAUGCUUUAUAAGGCUGCCAAUUUAAUCCAGUGAGAUCAUUAAAUCCCAAUGAAAAUCACAGUUAAAUUCAUUAAAGGGACAGGAUAUGAUUAAUCGCACAGUUACUCCUACAGUGUUCUUCACCCUAAAUACCAACAAGUAUACACAAAAUCGCAAAGAAAGAAAGAAAGAAAAUGGCCGCACUUGACACAGGUGAUGAACCCUCAGUCCCAACAGGACAAGGACCCAGACUCUUCUUUCUUCCAUUUCACUUUCAUCUUCAGCGAUGAAGAAUCAGUGCGGGAUGUAGACAGUCUCCAAGCUUUCUUUAAUCUGUGCAUAAAACUGGCGCGAGUAAGAUCAGAAACAGUCAAAUCAGCUGAUAGGACCUUCAGGCAACAUACUGUGGCUCUACAGCACCAGGGCUGAGUUACCUUGAAGAGGGGUUACAUUGUAUUACAAGGUUACAAUAUGCUCUACAUCUCAUCUAACUGAGUACAAAUUUCCAUUGACUGUGGAAACAUCAGAAUAAAGUUGGGGGGGUGGGGGUGCAGUCAGUUCUCAGGCCCAUUAUUAUUAGGGCAAGUUCUCCCAAUCCCCCACCACCAUUUUGUUUUUUUUUUUAUGACUCACCACUGUCCUGCAGCACCUUGUGGGGAGGGCGGGGGGGGGGUGUCUGAGUGAGGAUGACUGGCUCCCUUUGCGGUAGCGAGCCGGAGGCAGGCUGACCUCUCCCAAAGGCCCCCGGAGAACGCAGACGGCUGGAAUCGCAAACAUCUCCUCAAAUGGCUUCAACAUCCUGUGAUUCAUUCACAACCAUGCAUUGCUUAGGGCGGCAGGCAGUCUCUCUCUCUCUCUCUCUCUCUCUUCCACUCUCUUGUUCUCCUCUCUCACUUCUCUCUCAUUUGUGUGUGUGCUUUUUCUCAUCCCCUCUCUCUCCUUUCUGCGUGUGCUUUUUUCCCACAACCUCUGGAGAACAAUCAGAGAGUAUAUUAAGUGCUCUUGAAGACAUGAGUCCAAGGUGCGUUCAUGGGCCACUCUCUUUGUCUUGACAUUGUGUAAUACACAAUAGUAAAACAUGGAGAGGUCAGCAUAGAAGCCUUGGUUUUCUCCGUUAUAACCCAAGCUCUGCAUGUUCACGCUUGUUAUGGCUGUCUGAGAUUGGACUGGACAGUCACAAAAUAACUCUAACUAUGUUCAGUUCUGUUGAUGAGAAAAGAUACAUGCGCAUUAUUGUACACUAACACACACACACACAAUUCUGUCCUGUGCUUGUAAAAGAAAGUGUUGUCCCAUAGUAUGUGUGUUAUCAUUUGGCUGUGGGAACAGUUGUUUUGUCAGACAUUACACCGAUAUUACGCUGUGUGACACAAAAUAAAAUAAAAAUUAUGUUUUCUUGCCAGGAAGCUGGUUUGCUGUUGUGUGUGUCUGACAUGUUCUGGAACAUCAGUUCACAGUUUUCUGUAUUGUCUGUUUUUCAUUUUUAGUUCAUUACCAAGCACAAAGACAUGGAAACAUAGAAGGUAAUAUUUUUCAAUGAUAUUAAAAUCUGAAUGAUGUCUAAAAUUCAAGGAAUAAAAAAAGAUCCUACUUCUA